UACUCUUCUUGAAUCAUGACAUCUUAUUACGCGCAAUCAGUGUACGUCGCCCUUGGAUUGCUCAUCUCGCUUCAGCCUCCUUUUUAUCCGUCGGAGGCCGAGAAAAUGGGAGCAACGCCAGCUCAAUAUGGAUUUGUUUUCGGGAUUGCCAAUUUGUCAUUGUUUAUAUUCAGUCCUAUAUUCGGAAAAUACGGCCCACGCCUGGGCGCAAAAUUAUGCUUCACCACUGGUUCCAUUUUCCAAGGUGUUUCUGGAUUUCUUUUUGCCUUCCUGCCCCUUCUUAAGAAUUGUGAGGUAUUCAUCACCUUGUCGUAUGUGCUUCGAUUUGCUGAGGGCUUUGGAACCGCAAUGGCUUGGAGUGCUGCCGUCGGAAUCCUAAUGAAACUAUUUCCCAACAAGGUGGCCCAAAUUAUGAGUUGGACGCAAACAUUUUUCGGCCUCGGAUAUAUGAUGGGACCGGCGGUUGGAGCUGCCCUUUAUGAAGUGGGCGGCUUUAAAUUUCCUUUUCUCGUGGUUGGGUCUAUCAGCACAAUUUUGUCUGUUAGCUUGUACUUUACCAUCCCGCAUAUGGACGAUGAAACAAGACAUGUCACACUUCGGCCAGACGGACAAGAGCAGCCAAGACCGGUCUUAGGAUUUCGUCAAGUUCUCUCCUCGUUUUCGUUGUUGCUACCUUUCUUCGAUCUGUUUUGCACUUUGUGUGGCAAUGGAGUCUUGGAAUCUAUGUUGGAACCUCACCUCCGCCAAUACAAAGCGACCACAUUGGACGUGGGGAUCACAUUUCUUAUCUUUGGAUGUUGCUACAUGUCUGGAAAUGUGAUUUUUGGAACAAUUGCGGAUAAAGUUGGUAACCCAACCGUGUUUUCAGUAUUGGGAAAUUGUCUGUUUCUCUUGACUUUUUCCCUCAUUGGACCUGUUCCUUUUGUUCCUGUGAAACCGUCAGUGAUCUUAAUACAGCUUAUGAUGGCUUGUGCUGGCACAGCAUAUGCGUCCAUGGUGGUAUCUAGUUUUGGUCGAGCUCACCAACGUGUCAUCAAAAUGGGAUUCGCCGAUGAUUUAGACACCCGGAUCAUGAUCACAGGUCUGUGGAUGUCAGCAUUUGCUUUGGGGAAUUUUGUUGGUCCCACAUUCGCUGGAUUUCUGGUCCAAUCCGAGGGAUUCUCCUCAACCACGGUUGUGUUCUUUGGCCUCUAUUUGGUCAUGGCCUUGGUUGAUUCUGCUGAACUCUGUCAAAAGAUUGUUUCUCGACGAAUGCAAAACAGUUACGAAGAAAUCCCUUGAUCUAAUACCCCAAGUGACCCCGUAAAAUCAUUCGCGGAGAGCAAGUACAACCAGCCAUUAGCCUAUGCAUACUGUGUUAUUUACACACUUCGGUACAUGUUCAAGUUAAGGAUCUAACCCUACCUUGCAGAUGGGUUCCAGUCACCGAUUGUUCCGCUAGUUGUGCGCAUGUGUUGAAACUACGCUAGUACGUGUACGCCUAUUGCUUAAUAAAAGAGAGACCGGAACCAAG